UGUUCACCCUCUCUUUUAAAAACACUUCACUCUAGUUUAGUCUCUAUAAUAGUACAAAAGUUUCCACAUUUAGAACAAAAAGUUGAUCCCUUAUAAUGCUACUAAGGAGCUCAUCAACCCCAAUCUUAAACUCAUGGAUUCCACAAAACUACUCAAACAUAAACUCAUCAACCAACAACACCAAUGAACUCUUGCUAUCUCCAUCUAAGACCAGCUCCAUAUCCGCCCGCUCCACGUCUUCAGCCUCCUCCUCUCCGUCUAAGACCGACCUCAAAGAUCCACCCUGGACCAAAACUACGCGCUUGCAACGGUUGUUCUCAACCUCUAGUCUCGACGAUGGUGACGACGACGGUGGUGGAGGAUAUCAUGGUGGUGGUGGCGGUGGUGGGUUCGUAUGUAAUGAUGAUAAUAAUAGUAGUAAUAAUGGACAUGAUAAAAUUGAGGCAUAUUACCAAAAGAUGAUCAAGGCUAAUUCUGGAGAUCCUUUAUUACUUGGAAACUAUGCCAAGUUCUUAAAAGAGGUACGUGGAGAUCUAGCAAAAGCUGAGGUAUAUUGUGAAAGAGCAGUUUUGGGAAGCCCAAGUGACCCAAAUUUGGUUGCAUUGUAUGCUGAUAUCAUUUGGCAACACCGUAGAGAUGCUCAACGAGCCCACACUUACUUUGAUCAGGCUGUUCAUUUAGCUCCAGAUGACUGUUAUGUUCAUGCAUCAUAUGCAAAAUUUCUAUGGGAUGUUGACGAGGAAGAAUUAGGAGUUGAAGAACAAGUUGGGGAUGAAAGUGAAUCACCACCACGUUACAUUCAAGGAUCUUUUUGUAGCUUUCCUUUAACUACUAGUUAAUUACUCAUCUUUUUGUAAAAUAAUGUAUUUUAAGAGAAUCGGUUUUUUUUUUUAAUCUAAGUUAGAGAGUAAAAUAUUACUUUUUGGGUAAAAUACUGCGUUUAAUUUUCAUGUAGUUAUUUUUAUGUUUUGGCCUACCUUGUAAUAAAAAUAAUAAUAAUAUUAUAUAGUGUUUGGAAAUAAAUAUUUCAUUUC